UUGGGGCUGCUGGGCAACAUACUACUCUAAGAUCAAAACUCCUGAGAAAACCUCUCUUUUGGUCUCAGCCCUGGGCAGGCCAGGUCUUCAUGCUGCUGUGGCUGUCAGUGCUGGUCCUGGCUCCUGUCAGUGGACAAUUUGCACCUGCACCCAAACCCGUGAUUUCCCUCCAUCCUCCAUGGACCAUCGUUUUCGAAGGAGAGGCAGUGACUCUGACUUGCCACAUAUCUCACUUCCCUGCAGCAGAGAACAAAAAAUUGUACCAGUGGUACCUUGGAACAGAAAUAAUACGUGAAAUCCCAGGAAACACCCUCCAGGUCCGUGAUUCUGGAGAGUACAGAUGCCAAACCCAGGGCUCGCCCCUAAGUGAUGGUGUGAGCUUGACUUUUUCUUCAGCUAAACUGAUCCUGCAGGCUCCCCAUUCCGUGUUUGAAGGUGACUCUGUGACUCUGAUGUGCCGAGCAAAGGUAGAAAGGGUAGACACAGCCUGGAAGACCAGGACCCUGUAUAAGAAUUACCAUGUGCUGAUAGACCUUGAUGAAAACUCCAACUUCCACAUUGAACACGCAGGGUUGAAGGAUAAUGGAGAAUAUCACUGUACUGAAUCUGAGACCCAUUGUUGCUCUGUUUCUUCAAACACAAUCAAAAUCCAAGUCCAAGAGCUGUUUCCACGUCCCGUGCUGAGGGCCAACCCCUCCUUGGCCACCCCCGGGAACCCAGUGAUCCUGACCUGUGAGACCCAGCUCUCCCCUCAGAAGUCAGACAUCCAACUCUCAUUCCACUUCUUCAGAGAUGGCCACAUCUUGGGGUCAAGCUCGAAGAGCUUUCUGAAAAUCUCCAUCCCCUCCAUCGUGGGGAACGAAGACCCACCGUAUUACUGGUGUGAGGCACGGGCAGGGACUCCCAGUGUCUACAAACGGAGCCAGAAAUUCCAGAUACCUGUGCAGAUCCCCGUGUCUCGUCCUGUCCUCACCCUCAGCACUCCUGGGGCCCAAGCUGUUGAGGGAGAUUUGCUGACGCUUUCCUGUGAAGCCAAGACAGGCUCUUACCCCAUCGUGUACCAGUUCCUUCAUGAAGAAGUAGUUCUCAGGAAGAAGAAGGCCACUUUUGGGGGGAUGGUGACCUUCCACAUCUUUCUGACUGCAGAGCACUCUGGGACCUACUCCUGCACCGCGGACAACAGCUUGGGUGUCCAGCGCAGCCAGCCGGUGUCCCUGUCUGUCACCGGUGAGCCUUGGGCGGUCAGUCCCCCAUCCCUGUCUGGAAGCGUGUCCCCACCUUCCAGGGCCUCUGCCUCUUCCUCCCCGCCUGAUGUUCUGGCUCACACCUCGGCUGUCCACCUCUUUGCAGAUCUCGGCUUGUUCAGGGCAGCAACCUCCCUCCCACCUCGACCCCUGAGGAGCCAGAUGUUUUCCUUUCUCACCACUUGUCCUGUGAAUCCCCAGAAGCACGGUGUUCUCGGAAACCAAAAUCAGUCCCCAGGGGCCCACAGGUGUUUCUUGUCCCUUUAA